AUGGCGUUUACACUUGACACAGUGUUGCCAGUCUACGGGUGCGGCGGCGGCGGCGGCGGCGGCGGUGGCGGGGAAAACCACCGCUGCUGCGGCUGCUACUACUGCCGCCUCGUUGUCAUCCAGAAUCGAAAGUUGCCUUUUUCCAGUUUCCGAGAUCGGUCCAGGCCAGGCGUCGGCGGCGUCGUCGCGCCCGCGCUAAAAGUCCUCCUCCCUUCUCCGGCCAUCUGUUCGGCCUCUGGUUUUGUGCUCCGUGGCGCCUUUUUGUCAGAUUUUGCCACUUUUUGCCGCCAGAUUCUCGCAAUGCGAGGCAGUUACAUAGAGAUGUGUGUACUUAUUCCUGGGGAUACUCGUGUUCCUUUCCCGGAUCCUCAGCAGGAGAAGGUAAUCGCCGGAAGGGUCCUCGUUCUUGAUCUUUGGGGAUAUAUCGGCCUUUCUCCCUCCCGUCGCUUCGAUUCGAGAGUCCGACGCAAAUUUGAUCUUUACGUGACCCAACCAGUCACGUCCAUCUAUCCGGCUGCUGCUACUGCUGCCGCUGACCCUGCAGACAUGGCGUCAUCACUGUCAGUCCUAACUUUCGAGGAUUUCCUGGCCACGCCCUCCCCUCUCCCUUGGGAAGGUGCUGACUUCAUCCUUCCUCCUCCUCCUCCUCCUCCUCCUCUGUCUCUUUCUCCUCCUCAUCCUAUUCUUUCUCCUCCUCCUUCGGAUUUCUCACCCACCGAUAUAUUUUGA